CUCUGACAACAAAUCAGUCCCAGCACGUAAUAUAACUGCUUGUUUUGCUUAUUUAUACUCAUAAUUUGCGUGGUUCUCUUAUUUAGAGGAGACCUUUAGUAGUUUUAGUUGGGUAGCUAGUUUAGCCCCGCCUUUCCCAUCCUGUAACUAUUAGUUAAUGCUAGUCAACUGUGGUUGGGUUGCUAGCUAUCUGGCUAACAGCAGCUCGGGCACAGUUAAUAAAAUCUUCAACACCGAUGUGAGAAGAUGGACUCGGGUGUCUUCACGGCCCUUUCCAACGGUGAGCCCUUACCUCUGGCAUCGCUGCGCCUCCUGGUCCCACCUCUCCAUCUUAUGUCCGCCUCCAUGUGGCAGGUUCUGCAGAAACAAGAUGUCAUGAACUACUGGAAAGUGGCCGAGUAUGUCUCUUUGGUGAUGGACAUGGUCCCAGAGUUGCUACUGCACAAGCAUAGGAUGCAACUUAACCUGGGAUUAAGAGCCAGGUAUAUCCUUGAGUUGUGCCGAAGUGAACAGCUCCUGGAACCUGAUGUCAUCUUGUCUCAUCUGGAGAAGAUUAAACCACGACAUCCCAACCUGGUAUGCAUGAAAGAAUCAGGAGAGGAAGUCGUGGUUCACUUUCUUGAGUUGAUCCAGACUCUGCUCAAAGAUCCCGAAGAGAGACAAGACUUUUUCUUGGAAGUCUUCCCCACUGAGUAUGGACCUCAAUAUGACGGUGAUUUGCAGAUGCUGUUUUCAGAGUUCCUCUUUCGGCUGGCACAGCUGCUGCCAGUUCCUGACCUCGAGCAGACUGUUUCCUGGCUUGGAGCUGAAUGCUCUGUGUUGGAGGAAUGUGUGCAUUCAGUCUCUGAGCCGACAGACCUGAAAAAUUUGCUCCAUCACCACAGACACCGUGGGCAUUUAGAGCAGCAUGUCCCACCUACAAGCAUGGGCGACAGCAUCCUCUCCACCCUCUCUGCAUUUUCCCCCAGAAGAGUGACAAAACCUACAGAACGACCCAACCAGCCAGAUCUGCUCCAAGGCCUCAGUGCUCACACACACACCGUAUCAUUUGUGGAUGACGUAGCAGUUGAAAUCAUCACAGUGACAGAUUACGCAGAGGUUGAAUUAGGCACAAGCGCCGACAUCGAGGUGGUGACAGGAGAAAACUGCUGUGAAGGAACAGACACUUGCACAGUGGCUGAAGAUUCACUGAUAGUGCUUCCUGAUGAGUCAACCAGAGGAGAAGAAAUUGAACCAGGGGAAGAAGCAGCACAAGAGAAAGAUGCAAGUGGUCUGACAAACAUUAGCCUUCCAGAAGCUAACAAGGAUGACUUAGUGUCCUCCCAACAGAAAAUCUCUAUGGGACCUCAUGACUGUCCAGACUGUGAGAAGAAAUUUAAGUUUGCCUCCUCGCUAACUGCCCACAGGGUCAUCCACACUGGUGAACGCCCCCACCGGUGCAAUGAGUGUGGUCGCUGCUUCUCUUUCAGGCAGUCCCUCGACAGGCACAGACACACACACAAAACCGGACGCGAAUACAACUGCGCUGUCUGCGGGGAGACCUUUCACUCCCUGUCAGCCCGCACAGAGCACAAGCAAACACACAUGGAAGAUGGUGUUUAUACAUGUCAUCAGUGCAACAAGACAUUCAACUGGGAGCUGGCACUCUCAAGGCACCUGAAAAGCCACACUGAUGAUCAUAACUCACACAAGCCUAAAGAGAGCCGUAAAGAUGGGCAGGAAGUUGUUGUAGGUGAUCAAAGUUGCAUCAAGACCCCUGUUGCACCUGCUGAGCCUGACAGCCAGGCACAGGCGGAUGGUAACGGUGAUCCGGAGAACGCAGAGGCUAAGAGCAGUGAGCGUCCCACCUCUGAGCCUGAAGGCACGGCCCCUGAACUUGACAACAGAGUCGUUUCCCUGGUGAAAGUCCGCACAAGUGGGCGUAAACGCAAACCGACCAUGAAGAUCCAGGUGAUAAAUUUACAGAAGAGCAUGACCACUAAGAGAAGGAAGGAGAUCCCCAAGGUGAACCCUCCAGACCUGAAGCCUCUGCCUUUCAAUUGUGCAGAGCACUCUUAUGGCUCAUCCAUGGUGUCAUCAAAGGAUGGUGAUGAGAGUUCUGUAACAGAUGGCUCGUCGGCUGCUUUCUCCUGUCCUAAAUGCUCCUUCCACCACUCAGAAGAAGCGCAGGUCCAGCAGCACAUUGACAAAAUUCACUCUGUUGAGGCUGAGGGUGACAAGCUGUCCCUCCAGCCCCUCGCAGAUGAAGAGGGACGUUUUAGUUGUCCAGACUGUGAGAAGAGCUUCAAGUUCCGAUCCUUACUAAAAGCCCAUCAGCGCAUCCACACAGGCGAGCAGCCCUUCCUGUGUUCUCAGUGCGGACGGCGGUUCUCCUUCAAACAGUCACUGGAGAGGCACAAGCAGACGCACAAGUCUGGCCGCAAGUAUGAGUGCCUGAUCUGCGGGGAGUUCUUCAAGUCCAUGGUGGCUCAGAGGGAGCACAAGAGCACCCACAUGGAGAACGGGGAGUAUCUGUGUUCGGAGUGCGGCCGGGCGUUUGCCUGGAAGUCGGCACUGGUGAGACACCUGAAGACCCACGGUGAGGAUUCUGACAAGGUGGAGCGUUCUUUCAAAUGCCCUCGCUGUGACCUGUGCUUCAGCUGUGCCAGCUACCUCAACAGGCACCUCCAGACUCACCAAGAAGAGAGAGUGCACACCUGCAACUGUGGAAAGAGCUUCGCCUACCGGGCAGCUCUCACCGCCCAUCAGCGCAUCCAUCAAAAGGAACGGCCGCACAUUUGUGCGCAGUGCGGGAAAGGAUUCCUCUACAAGGGGGGAUUGCUGAGCCACAUGAAGAUCCACUCAGAGGAAAUGCCCUUCAUGUGUUCCUUCUGUGGAAAGAGCUUCAAGAGGGAACGCAACAUGAAGAAGCACGAGCGCUGCCACACCAGGGAAAACGUCUUCAGCUGCUCGCAGUGCGAUAAGAGUUUCGUCUAUAAGGCGACGCUGAUCAGACACGAGCUGACUCAUUCGGGCGAGAGGCCGUACCUCUGCUCCGACUGUGGGAAGGGCUUCUUUUCCCACGCCGAGCUUCUGAAGCACGAGCGUUUCCACACGGGCCAUAAGCCCUUCCAGUGCCCCCACUGCGGAAAGAAGUUCACUCAGUCCUGCUACCUGACAAUCCACCUGCGCUACCACACCGGAGUCCGGCCGUACUCCUGCACCGAGUGCGACAAGAGCUUCCUCAGCGCCAACCGCCUGAAGAGGCACCAGCGAACACAUUCGGGGGAAAAACCAUAUCUGUGUGUAGAAUGCGGGAAGGGAUUCAGGCAGUCAUACAACCUGAAAAUGCAUCAACGAACACACAUCAUGAAGUUAACGUAGUCAAGACUUGAAUUUACUGAAGAGAUUCUUUUGGAAAUGGAAAUGGUGUGGGGUUAUAGUUUGGUUCACACUGGGACGAUUUAUUGUGACUUUAUUUGCUAUGCAAUAUUCAUCUAGUAUAGAAACUCGUAGCGAGAACUGGCUCAUGUUGAAUGUCCUAGUUUUUCCAUUUUACUGAAUGCAGUUGACGUACAGGUUGUGUUUCAAUUAAAGCACACUGAGCCCUGAAAGGAAUGUUUUUCAGAUGCAUUGUGAUGUGACUUCUUUUCCUUAUCUCGGCUUCAAAUAACCAACAAAAGGUUUUUACAU